UUUUAAACGAUAGACGAUGCUUCCUCAAGGCCAACCAGCCGGGUCGAUAAUACUGUCCGGCGUGUUAUGAUCCAGACUCCAAAGCAGUCACCUGUGUACUGUCCUGGGCAUACACGUCCGGUCGUUGAUAUCUGUUAUAGCGGAGAGACAGAUUGCGGACAUCUUUUCAUCACUGCUUCAAAAGAUGGUAAAGCAAUUCUGCGCCAAGGUGAUACAGGAGAUUGGAUUGGAACAUUUUUAGGUCAUAAAGGAGCUGUCUGGUCGUGUGUCUUAGACAAGCAUGCUACUAAGGCUGCUACAGGGGCGGCGGAUUUCACUGCCAAAGUAUGGGAUGCAAACUCCGGUUCGGAGCUCCUUUCAAUCACCCAAGAUCAUAUUGUUCGGUGCGUUGACUUGAGCAAAACUGACUCAGGUGCAAAAUUACUCACUGCUAAUAACUGGAAAAAGAUUUCGGUCUAUGAUCUAAACGCUCCUAAAUCACCCAUAUCCGUAUUCGGGGGACACGAACAAAUAAUUCGUCGACUGCUAUGGUGUGGCGAAGAUAAACUUGCUUUAUCCAUAUCAGAGGAUAAAACUAUCCGCUUGUGGGAUCUCCGAGAUAUUCCGAAGCCAGCUGCAGUUCAUCAGAUAUGGUCCAAGGAAUUAUCAGACCCAGUCAACGAUAUUCAAUUCCAUAUCCCUUAUAAUGAAGAUCAAGUGAAAGCUGUGGUAGCAUGUGGAAACUCAAUCCAGACUUAUACGUUUGACUGGCGUUAUAGCAACAUGAUAGAAGCACCUGAAGCUUUCCCAAAAUUCAGUCUAUCGUGUCCAGUAAAUUCUGUCAGCUUGCAUCCCACUGAAAAAUUACUUGUAUGUGGUGGAGAUGAUCACAUAAUAUAUCGAUUAAAUUCGGAAACUGGUGAAAUAUUAGGUAAUAUUCUGGGAUGCUUUACUAUAUUAAAUUAUUUCUGAGUAUUUUAUGGUACAGCGUUGUGAUCUGAUGAAUUAAAUGAGUUUUUAUAACUUUGACUACCAUAAACGAUGAACGAAUCUAGCUAAAAAAAAUUGUUAGAUCCGCCCAUGGAAGACAAGCGUAUAAGUGUAUUUUCAAUGUUUAUCAAAACUGAACAAUUAAUUAGCGUAUUUAAACGUCGACAACAUAAUAAGUAUUGAGCAGUUUAGUAAGCCUAUAAAAUAUAACUCAUUUACAUUCAAAAUAAUAGGUUUCGCAAGUUAUUCGGGCUAUGUGACCAUCCAUAUCAAUUUAAAGUAAAAUUUGGUUCGCUUGAGAAAUUCCCAAAUGAAUGUAAGAGAUACUUUUACAUGAUGAACUACUACAACAGUUUGUAAUUGAAACGCUUAAUAAUCAUAUGGCUUACAUCAAAAACCAAUGCUGACUAGUAUUGGGGAUGGUUGUGUUGUACCAGAAAAACGCUGAUCACUUAUACUAGGAACGGGGGACCCCUGUAAUUCUCACGAUGCGAAGUAAGAACAGAAAGACUGGUAUAAGUGAAGAUUUGUUUGCCCCAAAACACGACGACUGGUUGUAUUUAAAACAUAUUGAACAGAGAACCAAGUAAAAUUGACCAGAUAGUAAGGAUAAACGCCACUUGGUUCGAAGUCAUCAGAGUUUGAAUCUUCUGAGAUACCAAUUUUAUUAGGAGCCUCAUUUGUAGAUAAUGGAUCAUUAUAGUAAUCAGCAUCUAUAGAAAUUGUAUUAGGUUUCUGACCAUCUUUCGAUGCAUCUGACAUAUUUUCUGGUAAAAGAGAAUCUCAAUAAUAAGAUCCAUCAGAAACUUCUGUCGCAGAAUGAUGAGACCCAUUUGGAGCAGCUGCAUUCAGUGUACUGCUCGGUUUUUGUGUUUCAUGGUCGGUUAUUGAGACAAUUCCAUGAAAAUUCGACAGGGCGUCUGUUUGUACGCUGGAUUAGUCACUGUCUGCACAUGCUGUUUCGGGAAUAAUGGAGUUUGAGUCCAUUACCGGGCAUGUUUCUGGAAUGGAGAGUACUGGACCACCGGGCGGAUCUUGAGUGACUGUUGUACCGUUUGAAAUACGGUUUAUCGAGGAUUCAUUGGGGCUGCAAUCAUUUUCUAGCUCUGUGUGCAGUUGAGAAAUCAGUCCAUCCACUUCCGUCGCAUCUCCAAAGCGCGAGUGACUUAACAACUGCGUGCGUAAUUUGACUAAAAACUCCAACUGUCGUCCAAAUAGUAGCUGUAAUCGAUCGGAAGGGAGAGUCAUUAUCUGAAUCAACACCGGUAAUGAUAAUUACUGUGAUUAAUGACCAAUGUCGUUGAAGGACACUGAUGACAAAUUUGGAUGCUGAAGGCUGACUUUGGAUUGUAAUUGGUUUACCCCGUCGCCGCCAAUUGUUGUGCCAGAAAAACGCUGAUCACUUAUACUCGGAACGAGGGGUCCCUGCAAUUCCCACGAUGCGAAGUAAGAACACAAAACUGGUAUAAGUGAUGAUUUAUUAGCCCCAAAACACGACGACGAACGAUGAUCAAAAUAGUCUAAAAUACACUGGUUUAUAUAUUGAUUUUACACCCAUUUUUGAUUAAUAAUUAGAAUAAAAUCACAUGUAUGAAAAAUACUUAGUUAUAACAAAUCACAUACUGAGCAUAGUUCAUGUCAAUUUAAUACAAGAAUAUCGUAUAUUAUAUAGAAAAUAUCAUACGACAAAAGAAAACAAAUACUGCCGUGAAUGAUCAUCACAUUGAAUUAGAAUGGAUGUAAUGUUGAAUAAGACUCAUAAUGAAUAAAUCAAUCGAAAAUUGAUUUUUUUUUCUUCCUAUCAUGUCAGGUUGGAAGAAAGUUAUGGACGGCCAAAUCAAAACGUGGCAUCAGUCCUUAAAGUCACUAACCUCUAGUCUUAGCCAUGUUGGUAGAUGCAGAUUACUUGGUUAGGGUCCACAUGACUAUCGUAACAUUGGAGACUCUGGGUGACAUGGUUCAGAAUCGAUCACAGUGGUGUAGGUGUAUACAAUCUUUGUAUUCCCUUAAACCGCAAGAUUAAAAUUGCUUUAUAUCUUUCUCUCUACGAACUAAUUCAUUAUUCCUGUAUUAUAUCUUUAUACACUAUUUUUCUUUUGUAUAUUACUACCAUUGAAGUAACUACUAUGAAUUUGAUCUUCAUCUUAUGCUAAUAAGAUGUGGCAACUUGGACCGAUGCAUAUAUGUGCCUGGUCCUACGUUGUAGCUGACUGGCAGAUCAAAAGACAAUUAUCGUUACCUCUUAGGUGAAGGUGUCAUGAAAUAGAGACUUGCUGAUUAAUCAGCUUUGAUUCUACAUCCAAAUGAGUCUAAUUUUUGAGUUGUUGAUUAAUGAUCUAGAUACAAAUGAUAUCCAUAUUUUACAUUGUCUACUAGACAAAAAGUGGUUUUCAAGGUGUAAUAUACAUGCUUUUGAAAGCCGUAUGGCUGUUACUUUCCCUUUAAAAUUCAGAGUCAUUUUUCAAGAAAUAUGGUGACAUUAUAUAACAGUUUUGUGGUAAAAUAAUUUUUCAGAUCGUGUCAUAAGAAAAAGCAUUUUAUGGUUUGUGCAACUUUCUUCCUAUCAGUAUAUAUUCGAGUCAAAUAAAUCUAAGUCAUUCAGUGUUCUAAAUCGUCUACUUUACAAUCCAGCUCUAACGUUUAUCUAGUUAGUUUAUGUUUUAUUUCUUUAUCCUAGAAACCUGCAAGGGACAUUUUGGCCCUCUACAUUGUGUUAGAUUUUCUCCUGAUGGACACGUUUAUGCAAGCGGUAGUGAAGAUGGCACUGUUCGUUUGUGGCAAACUGUUGUUGGAAGUGACUUUGGAUUAUGGAGAUUGACUGUACCGAAUGAAGUUUCUGCUGUUAAUUGCUCAAAUUUAUCUGUAUCUGCCAAAGAUCACUGUAGCACGAAUUUAGCCGAAGUACCGGCUACUGGUGAUACUAUUAAUAGUUGAUCCUUUUACAUAUUUUUUUCAUUAUGAAUCUCAUCAGAAAUAUUAUUGUGGUUUUUAUAAUCCAUACCAUUAUGUUAAUGCUAUAGUAAAUUUUAACCAUAAACUACUUCUGCUGAGAAAUAAUUAAGAGGACUUUGUACAGUACUGACUUCAGUUGUCAACCCUGUCAACAGUUUUAUGAAUAGAAUAUUUUUGAUAAAAUAUAAAAUUUAUUUACUCGUA